GUGCCUGCAGAGAUCUGCCAACUCCACCCUCCUCCGGCAUGUAAGAGUUGCUCUUCCAUUCCAAUGCUGGAAAGCUUUCUGUUGCAGGACUGAAGCGAAGCCAAACUAGCAGUUGUCUGCUCCAUUGUCUUCAGAUGGCAUCAAUUGUCCUUUAAAGGAGGCCCAGUUUAUGUCCAUACAUAUUUUUACUCCCUGGCUUUUAGAAGCAUGUUUCUUCCUUUUAAAGAGCAACGAAGCUAGCAGCCUUUUGGGGGAGAAGACAAAGAAACAACAGAGAGGCUUACAAGGGUGUGCCAAGAACAGAAUAAGGAACAGCCUAGUGCUCCAAGAGGAAAUAAACUGGACUUGCAUUGGCAAAAUUCUUUGAGUUUCUGAGCUGAAGGCUUCAAGUUCUUCUUUUUCUUCCUCUUCUUCUUCUUUUUUAUUUUUGGAAAAAAAGAUGAAAACUACCUUUUAGGAAUUGGAAAUUCAACUGCAAGCCCUUUCCAGGGAUGGAAUUGGAGGGAGGAAACUCUUCCAGCACUGACUUCUGGGACUGAAAGGAGAGGAGGGAAAGAGGCUGAAGUAAACAACAUCAGUUUCACCCCAUGUGUUUAUCCGCAGAAGGGAUACGGCUGCUCCCAGGCAUGGCCCCGAUUUUCCAGCUGAGCUUGGGAACCUGUCUGUGGGCAGCUCUGGCUCUCAGUCUGUUUACAGGAUCCUGGGGACAGACAGAUGAGCAACAUUUCGGUGAUCUUGCAGAUGUGAACAAGAGGGAGAAUGCAGACAUCCUAUUAGAGUUACUUUGGGGAGGGAUUGAAAUUAUGGCCAAUGAGACAAUCAAGAUUCAGGAUGAGGAGUUGGCCUCCCUGCGUCCUGCAAAGCGGUUACUCUGGAUCCUUCAGCAUGAGAUUCCCAAGAAUCCAACAGGAAUUGAAGAGCACCUGGACUAUCUCUCUCAGUCAGACACUCCUCUGACUGCAAAGGAAUUUGAGCAGCUCAUCUUCACCACUGUUUACUGUGCUUAUCAGGUUCGCUCCAUCCAAGGUCUAGAAAAAAACCUCUGGAUCAACCUUUUCUCUCAGUUGGUCAUUGAAAUAACCCAUGAACUCUGCAAACAAUUCUGUCCCAAGGAAUCUAUGGAUUCCAUUCAGCUUCUAGCCUCCAGGCCCUGGCAGGAAAUACCUGUCUAUAUCAGUGCACUGAAGAAGUUGUAUCGAUCCAGCCUAGUCACGACCCAAAGACAUGCAUAGAGGACAGAUCUUGGCCCUACGACUCCGUGAUAUGCAGUUUUGUAUGCAAAAGUCCUUUUCUGAAUGUCUGUAGUAUUACCUAGGAAUGUGCCCAGAAAUGCCACCUUUCCUGUUUCCUGUUAAAGAAAACGAGUGUUUUAGGAACCUCUUAGCUAUACUUUUUGGGUUUAUAUGACUACUAGUUAGCUCAUUGGUAAACCUCUAGGAAUUCUGUCACUGCUUUCGCUAUAGGAUAUGCAGCCCGGGUAGUAUUUUACUUUUCUCGUUGGAACACUAGGAUUGUGGUUCAGAUUAAAAUGGUGCUACAUGCUGCUGGCCCUACUCAGCAGCUGGUGCUGGAGAAGACAUGGUGGUUUGACAUGUAGUGAAAAUUACAAAGAAGUAGAUCCAUGUUAGCAGGAAGCUUUUGAGAAAACGCUGGUCAAGUGCCAAAGAUGCCUUAACUAGCACUUGUCCAUCAUUUUUGUGAAAGCUUCCUGCUAGGUAAACAAUCAUUGCAUUGGUGAACCGUUCUUAUAGUAAGUAUAGGAUGUUCAGAAAAGAGGCUAGAUUGAAAGAUCCACUGGGAUUCUUUCCAGGUCAGUGUUUCUUCCUGUAAUAGGCAGACAUGUUGCAAAUAUACUGGAAACUCCACUUCAUCACACAAGGAUGAGCUCCGCUAUGUUUAUCACCCUAGAAAUUUGAAGGAAGGGGCAGGGGUUAGCCUGUUUAAAAUGUGUUCUCCUCUCCCCACUGCUUUAACCGAUCUCAUAUGCACGGCAGCUUGCUUGGCAGCAUGCAGGAGCAGGAAAUGCUUUGUGUGAUAAGAACUGAGCUGUGGGCAUCAUAACUGUGUGUGGUAUCAGUCCCUUGUGGGACCUCAGCUUGGAAUGUAUCAUUAAGAAGGUGCCUUUAGAUUGGACGUCUGCAUGGAAUUAGCUGAUGUAGCUCAUAAAUACAUGAGGCUAGGCUGUUGCAUAUGUUUAGCCAGAAACCUGCUAUAAUCUUUGAUAGCUAUUUUAAAACAUGAAUAUGUAAACAUGUGUAUAAUCUGAACCAAGAAAUGCCUUCAUAUGACUCUUACCUUUUAACUAAAUCAUUCAUUGCUUGUUUUCACACGGAACUGAAUUUUAAGAGAUGUCUGUGCUAAAAUAUCCAAGUUCUUACCAAGACAAUGCAACUUUGGGUUGAAUAAAAUAUGCUGAUUAAUGGAA